AUGACCUUUGAGCUGGUCUGCCUAGAUCCCGCCGCUUCGCAGGAUCUUGGUCGAAUGUACUAUCAGCUCACCACCAAAGACGGGUCAGUCACGCUACGGGCAAUGCUAACCAACUCGGCCGGCCACCUGCUGUCCCUCGGGAAGAUUUCUGGCUCGACCUUUGCCAUCGUGCAGCGAAAGGCGUUCAAAGCUCUGCGGUGUUCACUGAAUAAUUUGACUGCAGAGUCGAAUACGACCCUGGACGGCAAAAUGUCGUCCAAUAGUCAUCAUAUGCCGCUUCCGUCUCUGGACGAUGAUACGAUUGUCGGUUCUUUACUGUUGAUUGGCGACGAAAUCAUCCAACCUGAUGAUAACUAUGGCGUCGCCAGGGUUCAAUAUCUUACUCAAGGCACGUACACCCUUAUGCUUGAGCGACACAGAUAUUUCGAGUGUCAGUGCGGGUGCGUCCAUCCCUCAAGAAUGGAUCCACACUAUAAGCUCGACAGCCCUUUAUUUCAAUCUGUAGUACUGUCAUUGGCGUGGACGGACAUUAUGUCGUGUGUUCCGUGCGCAAGCAUCCCCAUAUUGGACAAGAAAUACUGGCUUGAGGACGCCGUCAAAGCAUGCCAGGAAAGUGCUCGGCAGCUGCGACCCCAAAACGACCUUGGAUACUGUGCCCAGUUACUUUCUCUGCUUGGCGAUUGCGAGACUGCCGUCCAUAAUCUUUUCACAGAAAGCGCUUCCGAGGAAGACUUCAUCCAUAUACAACUUGAUCUAGAUUUGCGGCUUGACGAGGCGAUGAGCCAGCUACCUUCUCCGGUCAAUCCUAGAACCAACACGCCGCCCAAUGUGGACACCCAGACCGAUUGCCUGAUAGAAGCUGACAGAACCGACCCGGCGGAGGCUCACAAUGUUUGCAUAACAGCUGCCAUCUGUCAUGGUCUUGCCACUCGAAUAUUCCUUUUGCGCGCUACGGAUCACACUUCAGACUCGCCUCGAAUCAAAGCGCUUUGCUAUCGUCUCCUACAGUGUCUGGGCCAGGUUUCUCUCGAUCACAGUGUCGUCACAAUAAUGCUAUGGCCGAUAUGGGUACUGGGGUGCGAAAGCCCUGUCGAUGAUGGUGCUAACAGCUGGCGUGACUUUGUUACUGGCUUCCUUAGGGCAGUCUAUCAACGACAACGCAUGAAGAAUGUUGAGAAGUGCCUUGUAACAUUGGAAGAGCAGAUAUGGUCCCUAGAGCCGACGUCGCUUGGUCAGACGUGCGAGGAUCGGCCACAGCAAUCCGCGUGGGUACGUCACUGCUGGGAUAAAAAGAUCAAGCUGUUGUUUGCUUGA